AUGAACGAUAGGGCCAAGACACCGACUCCUUCGGCCUCGUCGUCUUCCUCAAGCAGUGGCGAAGUCUGUUUUUCACCGACACACUAGAGUGGUAGCUCAUUUGAGGCCCUGCACUCAUGCCGUGUUCAAAGUGUUUCCGCGAAAUCCGAAAUAGCUUUCAGAGAGUGGAAACGACAACUUAACUUUUGAGAGACGGGCAUGAUUUUUAAUUUCGCGGGAAUUACUUUGAACACGGCAUUAGAUUGCGAUAAAUUUUCACAGUGUUCCCAAACAGGACUUCUCCAAUUUUUAGAAAAGUUUAGAUGUGUUUUACCCAGGAACGCCAGAGCGGUCCCUUUAAUGGCAACAUUGGGGGUCCGUGAAGGCCACUCGAGACCCCUAUGUGGGUUCACUAAAGCGGGGAAAAAGUUAGCCCCUCAAGUUCGAGGGAACCCUAUGUUCAAGCCAAAUUUGCCCGGUUAGAAGCCUUGCCUGUGAGUUCCAUUCAGGAACGUCGUGCCAUCUCUUUAAAAGUUCAAAAAGUUUUUUCGGUAAAUGCAGCACAAAAUAAGUUUAUCUUAUCUCCUUUAACUUCUUGUUUUACGGCGAAUUCCUUUCUUCCAGGCUUCAAAACUGCCGUCAGUUGUUUAUUCUUUUCCUCAACGGCCAACAUCAGCUGCCGGGUCUAUUGGUUUGUUUUCGUUCUUCAAAUUGUAAAUAUUGAUUGAAAUCAUGAAAAUAGAUGCAUAUUUGGAAAGUUCGAAACUUUUAAGAGUGCGUCGUUGCUUUUUUCCAUUGCAUCGAGCACUUUCAUCUGAUCGAAUAAAAUAAUUUUAGAUGGUUUCGAAAUAUAUCAAUUGGGGUGGACUGGUUUAAAGUUGGAUUGCACAAGACUCGAUCUCGUGUCGAUUUAAAAGAGACAAACUUCAUCUCUUCUCGAAAUUCCAAAAAAUUUCACGACAAGGCUCGUCUUGUUCUCGACUCAAAAUGAAGUUUUUACUUUUCAAUUUCGUCUUGAAAAUCAAAAAGAGCUUGCAUCUCGUCCCAAAAUUCCGUUUGAAAAACUUUCUCAUCUCGUCUCGAACUCAAAAAGUCGCUUCUCUUGCAACCCCGGUUUGAAGAUGCUGGUACGUCGAACAGCUCUACACCAACUGAAGACAUCGAGAAGGAGCUCAAUGAGCCGAUGGAGCCGGCGACACGGUUCGCUCUCGCCAACCUCACAACCGCCAUCCUUCGUCUCGACUUCUGGGAUGACCUCGACCCCAACUCCAUGUUUCUCAUCAAUUUGAAAGUCUUUUCGCACGUUAAUUUUUCAGAUACUUUUGCAAAACUACCUUCAACAUCAUUAUGACUUACCUCGAGCUCCCAGAGAAAGUCGUCAAAAGCCUGAAGACCCAUUUGGAAGUUUCUAUUUACAUUCGAAAACCUUGAAAAUGCGCUCUAUCACUUAGGGAGAGGAAAUUCUACCUGACAUUGGGGCGUUGAUUCUGACAAUCAGAGACGAUCCCGUGUGCAGAAGAUCUGAUGCGACCGCUUUUCUUGCUGGAUUUCUCUACGCUUUCAUCGGCUCAGGUACUUCCUAUUACUGGUUUCUAACUGAUGAACAGCCAUCCAAAAAUUUCUCACGUGCGCGACAUGGUUUUACAAAACGAAGUCGCGCAUGAUGCCUUCAAACUUUUAAGGUAGGUAGACCAACGGGAGGGUUCUUCAUACCGGAAGAAGCAGGGUUGCACGGAAUUCCGUUACCUGUCUUCCGCAUAAAUUUAUCUUCCUUAACCCUCGAAAAUUUCUAUUCCGUGCAACCCUAGUACUGAGGCUUGUCAAAGUUUUGCCGGCGCGCUCGAAAUGUGUUGCGAGUAACUGGAACCCUGUUGAACUGAUAAUACUAGGGUCUGGAAGAAUGAAUUGAACACGAGCAAAGAAAGUGUCACGGUAAAAGUAGUCGAACCUGAUUUUUCAUGAAAAGAGCGCAAAUUAUUUGAAUGACAAACUUUGAAAUCCUGCGAGCUUUGAAAACUAUCCAAUUUUUUCUUCAGUAAACUACGAUUCGCGGUAUCGCGUUUUCUUGCGACAUAUGUCCACUCUUCUUGGCGUCAUGUGGGACGAAUUCGAAAUAGUUUAUUAUUUUUAUUUUUGGAAAAUAAAACGAAAAUUUGUCAUAUUCAGGUUGAAGAAUCGUUUGCGUCAAGAUUGCUAAGUGAGCAGUUUGUUGAGACAGAGUGAGUUCUGGCUUCAAAUUUCUCAAAUUUUUUCAUAUUCAUUCGUUAAUUUUCAGCGGAGAAAAAAGAGUGGAACGGUAAUUUUGGUUGUUGUUUGGUGAUUGUUCUGUGUUGUGCUUCCUCAGAAAGAAAAAUGUUUUCGAUUUUGAAAAAAAUAUAGGCAUAAUUUCCAUCAAUAGCAGCUAUGCUCUUACUGAGAAAAGCUGGAGUGGUUCUUACAGGGAGAGAGAAAACUGCCUUUAGUGAAUUGAAUCUCAUUCAGAAGUCAACGAAAUUUCUUCCUAGAAAGGUGUCAAUUUUUAUGUCGUAGGCGAGCCGAGGCGACUAUUUACGUCUUUUCUCAUUUUUUUUAAAGACUGGAGGUAUUGUGAAAGAAGCUGAAUGUUUUUGCAGACACAGCCGGCAAGUUCGCAUGAAAACGGCAAGAAACAAAAAGAUAAAACGGUACCUGAAGAUUGGAGUAGCUGGCGGUGUCGGCGGGGUUCUCAUCGGUACUCCAAGGGAGAAGAGACGUCUGGAGAGCUGAUUUUAAGGGUUGACCGGCGGCCUGGCAGCACCUCUGGUGGCCGCGUCUGCCGGCUUGCUGAUUGGCGGUGGUGCCCUCGCCGGGUUAGCUACGACUGCAGGUGCCGCCAUCCUCGGAACGACUAUGGGCGUUGCUGGCGCUGGUUUCACGGGUUACAAGGUUGGUUCGUAUAGCAGGUCUUUGGAGAAACAAAGAAGUAUGUUCAAGAUGAAAAGUUAGCAAUUCCGGAAGUUUUAUGCUGCAAAUCUUUCUCUCCUUUUUUAUUACGCGAAAAGAGGUAGAGAAACUUCAAAAAAAUUGAAUUUCAAAGCCUUAUACACUGCCCGUCAUAGUUAUAGACUCAAAAUGCGGUUGGACUUUCGAAAUUCGUCAAAGAAUGCUUUUGGUCGGGUCAUAAUUAUAGACGCACCCUGGGUCAGAUCUCCUCUUUGACUUGAGUUGUAACUUUCGCGUUUCUUUUUCAUUCGAAAUUACCGCUUAAGUGAGUAGGAAGCCACAGCAUUUUAAGUAAUUUGAUUCGAGCGAUAUAGUCAAUGUUUCUCGACUUGAAAGGCGAGGGAGGCGGGGCAAGGGGCGGGACGCGUAGCGUGUGCGUUCGCGGUUCUUGGCACGUGUUCAAUUCAACCGCCAUUGACUCUUUGAAAAUCCCGCUUUUUGCUCUUUUGAUUCCUUUUUCAAUUAUUUAUUGAUUAUGUUCAUGUUUUCAUCAAAAAGUAGUAGAAAACAUUGAAAAAGAGCGGUUGCCGAGCUUUUUGAAUAGUCGGCGGCAAUUGAAUUGAACUCGUGCCAAGAACCGCGAACGCACACGCUACGCGUCCCGCCCCUUGCCCCGCCUCCCUUGCCUUUCAAGUCGGGAAACAUUGUCUAUACUAGUUUAUUAUUAAACCUGGACUUUUACAGAUGAAAAAACGAGUUGGCGCCAUUGAGGAGUUUGCGAUUGAAACACUAUCAGAAGGAACAGAUCUACACUGCACACUGGUCGUUAGUGGUUGGGUGGAAGACGACACUGUAGGUGUAGGGAAAAUCGUUUUGGCCUGACUUGAGACGGCGGGAUUGCAUUAGCCGCGUUGAAUCUACCGUUAAACUUGUAAUUUAUCAUUUAACUGCUCCCCAGUCCUGCUAAUUUUCUCAGUAUGAGAUUAUUGCGCGCGCAAAGAUAAAUGUCCAACCGCAUUUUGAGCAAGUCAGGCCGAAUCGACUAGAACUCAAAAAAAGGGAAUUUCAGACUCCAGAACAAGCUUUCGAAUAUCAAUGGAGACAUAUCAAGCAUUCCCGAGAGCAGUACUCUCUCAGGUGCACACCGGGAUUUGGUACAAAGUGAAAAGAGGAGAUUUUGAGAUACGAGAGCAAGUACUUGACCGAAUUGGGCAACGCCAUUGAAUACUUAAUGGGUUUUGCCGUUUCAGUUGCAAUCCAGCAGACGUUACUCGAAACUGCUCUUGCUGGUCAGGGGUUUUUUUUUUUGAAAAGUUCUCAGAAAAAAGUUGCGCUUUUUCAGUUUUUGUCUAUUGAAUUUUUAAUUUUUGUUUCCAUGCUUUUUUAUUUUCAUAAAAAGUAUGCAACGGAUGCAUAUUUCUUCGAGACAGCUUCAAGAAGAAAAUCUCCAAAGCGACAAAAGCUGUUGUAUACGAACCGUCUAUUCUUAGAGCAAACUGAGAGAAAGGCUUUUGUUUCCUCAAAUUGAAGAGUCUUUUUGAAAUUGAACUUGCACAGAAAAAAAAAGAUGUUUAUUGUGUAGGGUUGAUGUCGGCGGUAGCGUGGCCGGUCGCUUUGAUCUCCGUGUCCUCAGUGCUUGACAACCCGUGGAACGUCUGCAUAUCGAGAGCAGCUGAGGUAACGAGUCAAUUGAGACUAUACGAAGACUAUAUAUGUUACACGCAGGUAGGUGAACACUUAGCGGAAGUUCUGCUCAGUCGGUCUCACGGCAAGAGACCCAUCACCCUCAUCGGCUUCAGCCUUGGCGCUCGCGUCAUUUUCCACUGCCUCUUGGCAAUGAGCAAACGUUCCGAAAGCGUCGGUAAGAUCUGAAUGCGAUCCGUUAGAAGAUGUUUCGUUGCGAAUUGAGGAAUAAUAGAAGACGUGAUCUUGCUCGGUGCGCCGGUUACAGCUUCGCCGAAGCAAUGGGCGCAGCUGUGUACAGUCGUUGGUGGUCGCGUCAUCAACGGAUACUGCGAAACAGAUUGGUUGCUUCGGUUGGUUUUUCUUUCGUGUUCAUAAGAGAGGUGUGAGUGUUUAAAAUCAACCAGUCUCAUGCUUGACUUUUUUUUGAGUAGGUUCGACUCCUGUCGAGGGCGAAUCUUUUUUGCAUUUUUUUUAAAGACAAAGUUUUUUGAAAAAGUACUUAUUUGGAAAAGAUUUAAAGGUUUCAUAGAUAUAGUUCCUUAUUUCCUAAGUAUUUCAGAAAAAUGUUCUCUAGGUCUAGGAAAAAAAAAAGCUGGCAGACAUCGUGGUUGUACUUUAAUUUGUUUUGAGAAGCAUUUGAUCUAAGAGAAAUGCUUUUUCGUCAAUCUCAUGACUUUCAAAAGUUUUUACUCAUUAAGAAAAAUGCAAAAAUCUCUGAACUUUCAGCGAACUUUUUCACAAACUUUCGUAGUUUUUACUGUUCGAAGUUCACCUUUCUUCUUCAAAUAUUAAACUUUUUUUGAGAUGCAAGGAAAAAUAAAAAUGAUUGAUCGUUUUCAGAUUUCUGUACCGAACUAUGAGCGUUCAAUUUACGAUUGCUGGCACAGGACCUCUUGACAACAAGAAAAACAAGAAGAUUUACAACUGCAACUUGAGUCAUAUCGUAAAAUUUCCUUUUCUUUUCCGACUUUAAAAUCAUCCAUUCAAAAGGUGAAAGGACAUUUGGACUAUUCGAAACGAUUAACCGAGGUACUAGCGGCGGUAGGCGUUAAGGUCGGUAUGCAUUCUGAGAACAGCGCCGUUAGUCUUGCUGACCUCGAAGGUAUUUUCUUCAUACACCGGACACAGAGUCGUAAAGUGUAUCACUUUUUAGGUCCGAAAACAGCUCAAGAGGCGCAAGAAGCAAAAGAAGAUCUCAGUUCAAAAACGGGCGAUCUAGACCUUGAUUCUAGGCAACUUGAAGAAAUUUCUGUUAAAGAUAGUAUAACGAGAUAA